AAAUGAUUAAAACAGGUUACAAAAUUAGCUAAGUUAUUAAUGGCUUCAAAAUUCUUUUCAAAAUUGAUCAAGUCACGUGCACCUAUUUGGUGCACGGUGCUACAAAACUGUAGGGUACCCGAAAUGCAUCCAAGACGGACCAUUCUCGGACUUGUACCUCCCACGCAAUAUGACUCCACAUGGUCCAAGAAAUUUUCGCUCGGAUAUCUUAUGUCUAGUGCUGGAUAUGAAAUACUCCCAGUUCUCGGUGUCACUGCCAUAUCAAUAAGCUUUGUUGUGUUCUCUGUUUGUUACGCGAUAAAAACUAAGGUGGACGUGGUGUUCAAGACGCACUGCCGUAACAAUAUCUCGCGUACAAUGGAUCUAAAUCACCCCAGAAUCCUGAAGUUGAUUGUCAUCGACCAGACUUAUGAGCCAUGGCCUGAAAUGGCAAAUGUGCUUUGCCUAAUGAAUCGUGCCGAAUACAAGCAAUGUGGCCAAAACCAUUAAAGAAAAGUACAGUGUUGCUAGUGUGCAUAUCACAAUAUUUGGAAAUAAAAACGUACAACCAAUAAGUCCCCGAAGGGGUUUUAGAGAAUAUCUGUGUAUACUACGUUUAAAACUGAAUUGCGAGCGCUUAAGUAAACUUGUUGCCUAAUUAUGGAAACAUAAGGAAAACCCUGUACUACUUAGUCGUCCACAGAACAGGGAAAAAUUAAAGCUCGAUUUUUAAAUUUUUAUAAGCAACAACAAGUUGUUAAUACAAUUUAAAUUUCUUUUUAUUUAUUUUCCUUCCAUAUUUAAACCUAGAAGACGCAUUAUUGGAUCCAUUUUUUGUGUUUAAAAUAUUUCAAAAAGAAGUAACGACCUGUAUAUUUCGAGCAUUACGUUCUCCAUUUGUCGUUUCCCCGUUGUUAAUUAUUCCAAUGA